AUGGUAUCGACACUUGCAAAGGAGGGCCUCCAAGAUGAAGAGACAAGUGGAGCUGCCGUCGACAACAACACAAAAGAGAGGAGAAGAGAAGUUGAGGAGAAGAGAGUGGAAAAGAACGGAGAACUAGGGAGCUUCCGUACGAUGGAAUCGAGCAUUGCAUCGUUCCACAAAGAAACUGAAAAGUUGAACAAAAUGCAAUCUAAAGGUGACAAGAUACUGCUAUCUAGAAGCCACACGUUCAGGUCAUGUGUGGCGGUGUUCACGAUAAUUCAGUUUUUGUUGGUUGCAAAUGGUGUGCCCAAAGAAGGACUAAGAGUAGAUGAUGUACUUGCUAGGUUGGGAGCAUUAUCAGUGAUGAGGAACAGAAUCAAGAUUGGCAGUCAUUUGGGGAUUUUGUUGACAAUAAAAGAAUCUAAUCAAAACACUCCUGGAGAAUCAUCGUCAAAUGGAGCAACUUUUGAUGUCGACAUGAAGGAUAGCUCCUCUUACAACUGGACAUUGUUGUCAGAGUGGCUGGUGGGAAGCUUGUCCUUGUCCAUGUCCAAAGCUGUUAUUUUGAAGCACAUGCAUCGAAAUGGAACCAACAGUCAAAGGGUCUUUAAGAAACUCCCGACGAAUGAUAUUCUGACACGUCGUUAUCAAGCUGUAACUCGUGUUGUGGCUAUUCGGAUUACGAGUAGCUGGCAUUGGCAGCACCAAAUCAUGUUGACUCGAAUUAUCAAUCGAGCCGAGAGAAGGAAAUUCAUAAAGAAGCCGAUCAUCGCAAAAUGA